AUGGAGUCAGCCAACCCACUCCCCCGUGUUCUAGUCGUCGGAUCCGGUGGCGUAGGAGCAAUGGCAGCAUUUGCUCUUUCGCAAGCGAAGAAAUCUUCCGUCACUCUAGUGGUGCGUUCAGAUUAUGGCAAAAUCAAAGACCAUGGCUACACAAUCGAGUCUGUCGUGCAUGGCACAGUGGAGGGCUGGCGGCCCGAACACGUGUGUCCGUCUGUUACCGCUGCUGCUGAAACUGGCAUUUUCGACUUCGUUGUUGUGACUACAAAAAACAUUCCCGACGGACAAGCUACUUGUGAGGAUAUUGUGCGUCCUGCAGUCACAUGCGGCCACACCACGCUUGUGCUAAUCCAAAAUGGCAUAGGGAUAGAAGAGCCCAUGUUUGAUGCUUUUCCAGGGUGUGCUGUACUUUCCGGUGUUCUGUUGAUCGGACUGGCGUAUAAGGAUGGAGUAGUUAAGCAUCUGCACAAGGACAGGCUAUACUUGGCUCCGUUUGAUCAUGAAGAGAUCAAUGGAAUGGCCCAAACAGAGCUUUUUGCCAAGAUCUACCAGAAUUCAGAUCCUCUGCUCAAUACAGUGAUCGUGGAACUGUCAGCACGAAGAUCGCGGUGGGAAAAGCUUGUGAAUAAUGCGGUUUUCAAUCCCGUCACUGCCCUCACGGGACUUGACAUCAAUCGCUGCCAGAUUAAUGGUGCGAAUGAAACCGUCUUCAGUCCCGCUAUGGACGAAGUCAUAGCAAUAGCUGCGAGCGACGGCGUUGAGAUUGAUCCAUCAGCAAAAUCCCGUUUUUUACACGUGGCAGACGGUUCUUUUUUUGCUUCUUCCAUGUUGGUGGAUUUGCGCAAGGGCCAGUUGGUUGAAGUCGAAGUAAUUGUGGGCAAUGUGCUACGUAUCGCGCAGCGAAAUAAUGUUCUGGCUCCUGUUUUGGCCACGCUUUAUCUGUUAUUACGCAUGGUUCAAUUCCGGACGAAGGAGUCCUUGGGUAUGAUUCAUAUGAACGAGAAAGAUUACGUGGGGCAUAGUAGCGACGACUAUCCUGCGAUUUUCGCCGCAUUGAACAAUAAGCAUUCUUGA